AUGGGCUGGGUAGGAGUGGUAACGCUGGUUGGUACUGCCUGUUUUGUGCUCUACCGACAUGCCCCCGUGUCCUGGUCCUCUCCAUAUCCUCCUCAGCCGAGAUCGACAUCCCCAGAGCAGAACUCAUAUGCCAUUCUCGAUGAUGCGCCGAAGCCUGAAUCCAAUCCCCUAGAGGGGAGAGAGAACGAGAACGAGAAAGAGGAAGAAUCCCAGACUACCCCCAAGGCAUCUGCGUCAGGCGCGCCCUCGCUUGAGGUCCCGACCCUCCAUCUGGACAACAAGCAGUCGUCCAUUCCGAAGCCGCAAGACCAACCACAAACCCUCUAUCAACAACCACCCCAGAAUGGAUCAACAAAACCGCCACCGACGGCAUCCAGAAACAGUCUCAUGCCACCGCCGACAGGGGCCCUACCCCGACAACAGCCUAAUGCCUCCAAUUCCUCCCUGAUGCCCCCCCCUCCCCCCGGAAGACGUGCGCAGAACCAACAACCGCAAUCCGCCGCCUCCCUCACCGCAGGACGAUAUCCCCCGAGACCGAAUACUAACGGCUCCCUCCAUCCGCCGCCUUCAGCAGCUGCGUCGCUGCGUGGACCCCCCGCCCGUCGGCCGUUAAACAACAGCCUAUCCCCGAUCGCGCUGAACGUGAAACCAUCCAGCUCGUCGAAAAGAGCAGUUCUCGAACCGGGAUUCUCUCCGUUGGAUUGGGCGGCACUCACCUCCAAUCCCAACCAUAAACUGCGAGGAGCAGGUCUACCUCCAAAUUUGAUCCGCGUGACGCCGUCGAUGCUCAAGGCGCAGAACGGACGGAAGGGCCGUGAUGCUUGGACCUCCUACCAGGGCAAGGUGUACAAUAUCACGCCGUAUCUCCCGUUUCAUCCGGGCGGCAAGGGAGAAUUGCUGCGCGGUGUGGGGAAGGACUCGGCUCAGUUGUUCUUUGAGGUUCACCCAUGGGUGAACUGGGAUGCUAUCUUGGGGGAGUGUCUGGUUGGGAUUCUCGUUUCGGAGAAUGAUGAGAGUAACGAGAAUAAGCUUGAUGCGAUGGAUUGA